GGAUCUGGGGUACAACGGGGAGAUGGGAGGUUUGGGGAAUUUGGGGUCCCGGGAGUGUUUUGGGGUACCAUGGGGUUGUAAUGGGGGUUAUGGGGUUCAGAGGUGUUUGAUGGUGGAUUGCGGGGAGUCCAGAAGAUGUUUUGGGGUUUGGAUUGAUGUGAGGGACUGGGCACCCAGGAGGAGUUUGGGGAUGAGGAGGGGUUUGUGGUACAGUGGGGUUUUGGGGUGUGAAAGGAAAACGAGGAGAGAUUUGGGGUGCUGGAGGGAAUGGGGGAGCAACUCUGCGGGGUUCUGAGCCCUCUCCCCGCGCAGCUGCACCCCGGCGUGGGCCCGGGCCAGGGCACGGUGGUGGAGCUGCUCCUGACCGCCCAGUUCGUCCUCUGCGUCUUCGCCAGCUUCGACGACCGUCACGACGGGCGCCCGGCCAUGGCUGCCGUGCCCGUCGGCUUCUCCCUCGCCCUCGGCCACCUCUUCGGGAUCCACUACACGGGCGCCAGCAUGAACCCCGCUCGCUCCUUCGCCCCCGCCGUCAUCACCCGUAACUUCGCCAACCACUGGCCGCUGUGUCGCCGCUGA